CUUACAUUAUUUACGGUAUUUCGCAUAGUUAAAAUUUAUUUAAGAUAAAUGGAUCGGAUUACAGUAUUCUGCAAUGACAAACAACAGAUCCAUUUCUCAAAAUCCAUUUUGUGUGAAUAUAGCGAGAGAAUAAAAACAAUGCUACGUCCUUAUUCAAACACAUCAGUCUUUUUUUACAUGCCAUAUUCCUCGGAUACUUUGAAACAAAUAAAAAAAUAUCUGGAAGAAGGAAGAGAAACCGUAAAAUCAAUACAGAAUGCAACGGACAUAUUUUGCGUAAGCAAACGAUUAGGCCUAGGUAAUUUGAAUAAAGAAUGUCGAGAUUUCAUGACCGAUUCGUCAAGAGUUAUAAACGUGUGUUAUGUACACGACUUAGCAUGCCAACAGAGGGAUGGCAGAUUGCUAUAUUUAUGCUGGAAUAUAUUAAGUUCGAAAUGGCAAGAAAUUUUUUCAUCGGACGAAUGGCUGAACUGUGAAGCAACAACCAUGGAUAGAAUCGUUCGCAGGCCAAUAAAUCCAUCUAUUGAGGAAGCAGACAUCUUCAAAAUAGUUUUAAAAUGGGCCAAGAAGAGAGUUAAUAAUGAAAAAUCUCUAAGGCAAGUCAUGAAACCAUUUCUUCCGUAUAUACGAUUUCUGACAAUGCCAGAAUGGUUUCUGGAAUCGCAAGUGUUUGUUGAACCGAUCUUAACAGACGUAGAGAGAGAUGCAAUAAGAUGCUACUUGCAAAAUAAAGAUUUCGACGAGACGUGGUUUAUUCCGGACAGUAUUUGUGAUAUUACAUGCCCAAGAAAGCACGAAUUGCUCUCGUCCUGGUUUUCUUAUGUUAAUCGAAGUGCAUACUUUAUUAACGCAGCAUGGAGUAUGAAUACAAAUAUUCGAUUUAUAUGCGACAUAGUUGCUAAGGAAGAUUGUUUUAUCAACAACGUUUAUCUUCCUAUAACACAUUGCAGAGAAGAAGGUAUAACUGUGAAGUUCUCUUAUUUUUUUAACUUGAUAUUACGGAAGAAAUUGCGUCCUAAAAAAGCAUGUUAUACGAACGGACGUGUUUUAUUUAGUGCUCCUCUACACAUUCGAAAGUUUACAUUUUAUCGAUUGAUUGCUAAAAUUAUAGAGAGAGACGUCAUUGCAGAAAAUAAGAUAAGAAUCAGUCCCUCGGCAAAUUACUACAAUCCGUUCGAAGGAAUUCAAAUUUUUAAAUAUUCGCAACCUGAAUUGAGAUUGAAUGAUGAAUUUGACUACUUCUACUUCGAUAUUAUGCCCUACUUUUAAAUACGGAUUCACAAAUUAAUUUUCCUCUUUAUUAUAUAAUGUUAAUCUCGUAAUAUUUAAAAAUUUAUGCAUUUUAAUUUCGAAUAAUUAAAAUUAACUUUUA